AUGUCGCAGGGCAUUAUGAACAGAAAACUUUUUUGUUGGAGUUGUCUCAGUCAGGUAACUGGCCUAAGGAAGGGGCAGGCAAGAUUCUUCAACAAUUCAGGGGCUUGUAAACGAGCAUGGGUCCCAAAAUUCAAACCAACCUCAUCUCAGAGCCUUGAUGAGCUCCUCACCAUAUUCCGUGAACACGUCUUUGUUCCCGCGAGCCUCAAGCCCCACCAGCGAAGACUCAUAUUCAAUGAAGAGGCCACGAAUCUCCUCCACCAGAAUCCCAUAACAGUAACCCUUCACAGCAACACUGGAGAAUCCUACUCCCUGCGCCCAGUAAAAUUUAAUGAAAGGCCCAGUAACAAAGUGGUAGAGGACAUUAUCAACCUCAUGAGAGAACCGAAGGAUUGGUAUUCCCUCGUUCCGCUACUGAAGGGACUGCACAGCUCGAAACGCACCCCCAACAUCCGGCUCUGGGAAUUCAUCGUGCGCAAAGCGGGCGAAGCAGGCAUGAAUUCCGUCAUAAUCGACUGUGCAGAGGAAGGGCGCAGAACAGGCUUUUCACUCGGUGACUAUCUACUGGCGGAACUGUUCUUCUCCAACCUGCGCCUCAAGGCUGAGUCCGCGGGAUUCAAGGGCCCCGAACUCGAGAAGGCACUUCGACAGGCUAAGCAUGUUGCCAUGCUGAUGAAUGCUGAGGAGCAUGUGCCGGUCGAUAAGACGAAGCCGGACCCACGACAGCAUCCGAAUAUCAUUGCUGUUUUGUUGGAAUUGAGUGCGGCUCGUGUCCUUGAUGCGUUUGAAGGGAAGGAUGUCAAAGGUGAUGUCCGUUCGUAUGCUAGGAAAUUGCUGGGUACGUGGGUGCUAAGAGAGAAGUUCGAUACUAUCAAGUAUCCCAAGAAGGUUGUGCGGCAUGUCACAGACCUGCCGUCUGUUAGGAAUGGUAUUGAGUUGGCAUUGCAGGUCGAGGAAAUCAAGAAGGAUGAGAAGCUGAGCGAGGCUCUUAGAGAACGGUUGAAUGAAUUAGAUACACAUGUCAAGGAGGCUGAGGCUUAG